AUGGUCCCCUACGUGGCACACGCCUACCUCAUCACUCACCGUCAGUCACUCAUGAUGUUAAAGACAAAGCAGACGCUCGCGGAGCACCUCGACAAGAUGAAGUUCACGCUGCCAGCGUGCAAGGCUGACGCGAUUGACCCCGAGUUGGUGGACGGCCGCGCAACCGCCCCGAUACGUGUGUGGAGCGGAAAGUCGCUGUUGCAGAAUGCUGAUCUGCUUUACCGUGUCACGCCGCUCUCGACGCAGCGCAUGCUGGACUUUUGCCUCUUCCCGGACGUCGGUUUGCUGAACAAGACGCCGGAGGAGCUGCAACAGUACUAUGCCGAGACGCCAAUCCUGCCUCUCGAGCGGUCCGACAUCGCCUCUGCGUUCGCGAAGCGCGGCGCGGCAACAGAGGAAGGUGACUACAAGUUCCCCUCGCGCGAGUACGUUAUUGCCGACUGCCGUUCCCAGGAAAGUUUUGAGUAUGUGCGGCUGUCCACAGCCAUCCUCGUAGGGGAUGUGCUGAGCUACCACCACGAGCGCCUCGCGGAGGCGAUGCGGCGACUCGAGUCCUGCCGCGGGCACCCCCUUGCCCUCUAUGGCACCGGGCGGCCGAUCGUGGAGGAGGUAAACUUGCUGAAGAUGUUUGCGCUUUACCUUGUCAACCAAAAGGCGUUCCCGUUUGUGUGCAUCGUGCCAGGCGGCUUCAAGACGACCAUUCCGCUGCUCCGCAAUCACAUCAUCGAUGCCAUCAUGAGCCCCGCUGCCGCUACGGCGCUCGAGACUGCGACGAGCAAGCGAGGCGCAUUCAGCACCGAAUGGGCCCAAAAGGCGUCCAACACGGCGCAUACGAUCGCUGCCGCUCUCAGCGGCGCGUCACACUACCUCGCGCAGGUGGAGGUGACUGAGGUGCGACAGAAGGCCCAGGAGCUGGGCACGAAGGCAAAGGAGGGCAUGACGGCAGCUGGCUCGUGGGGCUGGGGGAUGAUGAAGCGCUUCCGCGAGGGCCUCACGGAGACCCGCGAGCAGGCGUUGACAGCGCUAUCCUCCGCGGGCAGCAAGCUUGCAGCAGCUCAGACAGCAACGGCUACCAACACCAAUUUAGCCCCCUCCUCUACAGCGGACCCUGGAUCCUCCUCUGCCACCGCUCCCUCCGCGGCAUCGAAAGGCUCCGCGAGUGGCGAAGCAGUUAUUCCAACAGCUACGGCUCAUCCUGCCGCCGCACCGUCAUGGCAGCACCUGCAGCAGGUUUUCUCGCUGGGCGAGGACGGCGAAGAAGAGGAUCUGGAUCUCAUCACGCACAUCCCGGCUAGGGUGCCGCGAGGCACUGUGGUGGCGGAGUCGACACCGGUGGCAGCCGAGGUGGCGCUUUCAGCCUCUGCAGCAGCGUCCUCGGCGGCUGCUGUCUCCACACCUGAACGGCGGCGCUUGCCCGCCCCCGCUCCGUCACCUGCAUUGAUGGCGUCGCCGAAGCUACUGUCGUCUCCAACGUCCUCUGCUGCUCCAGCGGCAGCCAUGGAGGCAAACAGAGCAUCUGCAGCCCUAAUCGCUGCGAGCAUUGACGCCGAGUUCGAUGAACUCUUCGGCGACCUAACCGUUACGCCUGCAGCCGCGACGCAUGCGGUGAACGCCACGCCGUCGUAG